UUCCACUUUCACGCUACGUUACGUCACAGUGUCUGUGCUAAGAGAAAGACAGGACUAGAUUUACCCACCACCUCACAUCAUCCAUAAAGAAUUACUACUAAUCUGCCAUGUCAUGCUGGGGGGUCAACAUCUAACAUGCGCACAGUUUUCGACGGAACCCCCCUUGUUCUAUCCCCCCUCCUGUCCCAACAAAAUAAAGAAAUCAAAACGCCAAAUACUACCCAGGUACCCAGAUCGAAUCCUCAGUCAAAAAAUCCCAAGAAACGAACCGAACACCAAGAAGCUGAAAGCAAAUAAGGGGGAUGGCGAGUGGGAGCGUGGAGAGCCUGGAUCAGUUGCCUACGGCCCUUCUGGCUACCAUCAUGACAAAGCUUGAUAUCUCUUCCAUCAGCUCAUUGGCUGUCACAUGCAGGAAUUUCAAUUCCUGUGCUUCCCAGAUCCUCUCCUUUCUACCCAAUUUCCAUAUCCUUGAUAUUUCGCCAUCAAUGGAAUUAAUCAAGCCACUAUUGCCACCGAAUCCAUACCUUAAAAGCUUAAAGCUUGAUUGUGGUCAGCUUAAUGAUUCAUCCGUUGAGCUUUUACUUCGACCUUCUUUGCAGGAACUUUGCUUACACAAUUGUGCAGAUUUUAGUGGAAAACUACUCUCUGAGAUUGGAUUACGAUGCAAGGACGUAAGGUCUCUCUACUUGGGUUCAGUGGCUGAGAAAAGGGGCCGGGCAGUACAUAUUUCUGACCUGGAGGAGUUACUCAGGGGUUGCACCCAAUUAGAAGCACUGAAUCUGAUGUUUGACAUAUCACUAUUUCUUCGUCAUAACUUUGCUAGAGUUUGGGGUUUAGCUACAGAAAAGCUCUCUUCUCUUGAGAUUGGCUACAUUUCUUCAGUUACAGUGACUGAAUUGCUUAGCCCUAAUGUUGGACCCCAUCAGUGCCCAAAUCAAAUUCGACCAUCUAUAUUGCCUGGCAUCCAGAAAUUAUCGCUUUCUGUAGAUUAUAUUACAGAUACGAUGGUCAGUACAAUAUCAAAAGGUCUCAUCUUACUGACACACUUGGAACUUCGAGAUGCACCCCUCAUAGAACCAAGAGUUACCUUUGAUCUUACCAAUUCUGGCCUUCAACAGAUCAAUCAGCAUGGGAGAUUGAAACAUCUUUCUCUUGUCAGGAGCCAGGAGUUCCUUAUUACUUACUUUAAGCGAGUAAAUGAUCUCGGGAUCCUACUUAUGGCUGACAAGUGUGCAAAGAUGGAAAGCAUUUGCCUGGGUGGCUUUUGUCGUGUUACGGAUACGGGUUUCAAGACAAUUCUGCAUUCUUGCUCAAGCCUGUACAAGCUUAAGGUGUCCCAUGGAUCCCAGUUGACUGAUCUGGUUUUUCAUGACAUUGCUGCAACUUCCCUCUCUUUGACUCAUGUUAGCUUGAGAUGGUGUAAUCUUCUAAGCAACCAUGCCGUCAGGAGUUUGGUCUGCAACUUGGGUCUUAAAGUUCUUGACUUGAGAGACUGUAAAAGUCUUGGGGAUGAAGCCCUACGAGCUAUCAGCUCUCUCUGUAAAUUGAAGAUGUUAUUGUUGGAUGGCUCUGAUAUAACUGAUGCAGGAAUAGCAUACUUAAAUCGGGGAAUUAUCAGCUCAUUGGUUUCAUUAUCUGUUAGAGGAUGCAAGAAACUUACAGAUAAAUGCAUCUCUGCUCUAUUUGAUGGCUCUUCUAAACUGGAGUUGCAAGAGCUGGACCUAUCUAAUCUUCCUGGUCUCUCUGAUAAUGGAGUCUUAACACUUGCAAAAAGCCGGGUUCCAAUUUCUGAACUCCGAAUGCGACAAUGUCCACUCAUAGGUGACACUUCAGUCAUGGCACUAGCCUCAAUGCAGGUUGAUGAUGACAGAGGGCAUGGUAGUAGUUUGCAAUUGUUGGAUCUUUACAACUGUGGUGGCAUCACACCACUUUCAUUCCGGUGGUUGAAGAAACCUUAUUUUCCAAGAUUGAGAUGGCUAGGCGUGACAGGGAGUGUAAAUAGAGAUAUUGUAGAUGCUUUAGCUAGAAAUAGACCGUUCUUGCAUGUUGCUUGCCAUGGUGAGGAACUAGGGACUGACCCGUGGAACGACUCAGAUGGUUUAUACAUGCAUGACUAUGAGGAGAUGGAUGAACUUGAACAAUGGCUUCAGGAGGGAGAGGGUGAGAGUGAUGAUGAGGAGAUGGAGGAUGCUGAAGAUGAUUUGCUGAUGGAAUAAUAUCUGCAUGUAUAUUUACAUUUUACUCUUGUUAACUAGCUACCGUUGGAUGAGACAUUAACCCAUUAGAUUCCUUUGCCUGUAAUAUAUUACUGUGGAUGUAUUAUUGGUGAUUUUUGCUUC